AUGUUGUUGCGUGUGCUUUUUUCCGCCGUUUUAUGCGCAGCGUCUUUGGCGCAUACCGUUUCCAACAGAGACAGCAUCAAGAAACAGCUAUCGGCACGUGACACACACCCAACGUCUCUUAUCGACGGCAUUGUCCAAGGCUUGUCCAUCGACGACCAGGAUUUCUUGUACGAGCACUUGAACGAGUUGAAAAAGUACAAUGCCACCCGGUGCAAGCAGUGCCACCACAAGGUUUCCUAUGCCCAGCUGAUGAUCUCGCAGUUCCCAGAAAAAGAGCAUUUGGUGUCGUUGGUGCUCUAUAAGUACUGUUUGUACCAGAACCCGACCAAAGGAGACUCUGCGUGCCAGAUGAACGAUUUUUUCAUCCACACCAACACACAAACACGGGCUUCUGUUCCUGGCACUAACGGACCCGAUGCCGCAUACCAAUCGGAAACCUCCAUUGACUUUUUCGACAACGAUUUUCUCCAGAUGAUCAAGAACUUCAACACGUCCUCGGAGCUUUCUCUCAACUACUACUGCAACUACAGAGGCAGCUACUGUCCUUUGCCCGAAAUGCCCGACUUGGCGUCCAUCAUAGACUUGGAGUCCAUGUGGCCCGAAAAGGAAGAAGAAUACUACUACGAGCCCCAGUACAACGAGACCAGAGAACGCUUCAACGUGUUGCACUUGUCGGACUUGCACAACCAGCUCCGCUACCAGAUCGGCGCAGAAGCAAACUGCUCGCAAUACCUUUGCUGCAUGCCUGAUAGCUACAACUCCGCCUUGACCGACGACAAGUACAACUUCACCUCUGUGUACAAGGGCAUUGGUGCCCAGGACCCAAUGGACCUUUCCUUCUAUCCGGACGCCCACUACGACGAAAACGACAACUAUGUGGCUGGAGACUACCACGACUUGCCCAAGCAUCGGGGCUGGAACAACGUGUGGAGUCCUGCUUCCACCUACGGUGCCUACAAGUGUGACACGCCGGAAGUUUUGUUGAACAACAGUUUGUUGCACGUCAGCAGCACGUUCGACGAAAACAAGUACGAGUUUUCCAUUUUCACCGGUGACAUUGUCGACCACGACCUGGCACAUUGUGAUGCAAACACAACCAGGUAUGCUGAGAUCAGAUCGUUCAAGAUCAUGAAGCACUACUUGAAGGGCUUGCCCGUGUACCCAGUGUUGGGCAACCACGACACUUUUCCUUUCGGCCAAUUGGCUCCGCAAAAACUUGGCAACGUCACUUUGGACGACUCUGUCUACCACUGGAACGAGAAGCUCAUGAGCGAGCUUUGGUUGUCCAAUGGCUGGAUCAACGACGACCAAAAGGAAAAACUUCAACAACACUAUGCUGGCUUCACCAUCACCACGAAAAGAAACCUCAAGGUGAUUUCGUUGAACUCCAACACCUACUACUACUACAACUUGUACGGUUUCGGCAAUAUGGAAAACGACCCUGAUAUGUAUGGUCAGUGGCAGUUUUUGGUUGACGAAUUGGUUGAAUCAGAGAAAAACGGACAGAGAGUGUGGAUCAUAGCCCAUGUUCCUUCGGGAGCCGCAGAUGCAUUUGCUAUCCAGUCUGCUAUCUUUGCAAAGAUUGUUGAGCGGUUUUCUCCAUACACUAUCGCCAACAUCUUCUAUGGCCACACCCACAAGGACCAGUUUAAGGUGUUGUACUCAAACAAGCUGGAGCCAGUCAACAUGGCGUGGAUUUCUCAGGCCAUCACUCCUUUGGGUUUGGCCAAUCCUUCUUGGAGAUACUACGAGGUGGAGGAUGAGUCCUUCAACAUCAUCAACACCUACAACUACUACACACCUCUCAACGAGACUUGGGUCAAUGGUGGAAAAGAGCCAAACUGGCUUUUCGAAUACAACCCCAGAACAACGUACGACAGCAACGGAACAUGGCCUGCCUCUGCUCCUUUGAACGCCACUUUCUGGGACAAGUAUGUCGUGCAAAGACUCAAGGAUAAGCUGGAGGUGGACUUCAAUCUGUUGUACUCCUCGUUGAUUUUUAGACACUACCCAUACGUCGCUAGUUGUGCCAACGGCACGCAGGUGUCCAACUCUUGCUACCAAGACAACUACUGUAACGUGAUUGGAUUCGACGUCAACGACUACUUUGAAUGUGCCAAAAACAUCUAG